AUGACACCAAGCUCCCAAUUCGAUGCCGGCGUAGAGCAUCCCGAAGGCCAAUGCCCCUUUUGCGUAAUCGCAAACGAAUACUUGCCCUACGACCCCUCAGAGCCACCCCAGGACGACUCGACGCUCGACCCGAACCGCAUCCCUACGCCCGCCUUUGUCGUCCUCUCAACGCCGCUCCUCAUCGCCUUCCUAGACAUCCUUCCCCUGUCUCGCGGCCACCUCCUCCUCUGCCCGCGCGCCCACCGCCCGAAGCUGACCGACGCCUCGCCCGAAGAGUCGGCCGAGAUGGGGCGGUACCUGCGCGUGCUGUCCAACGCCCUGGCGCGCACGACGGGUGUGGAGGAUUGGAACGUCGUGCAGAAUAAUGGGGCCGCAGCGGCGCAGGUCGUGAUGCACAUGCACUUCCAUCUUAUCCCGCGACCCGAAAUCCGCGCGAGCGGACGGUAUAGCGAAAGCUUUACCAUGUUUGGGCGGGGCCGGCGGGAGGAGCUCGACGACGAGGAGGCGGAACAUUUCGCCAAGGAGCUGCGGGAGAACGUGGCGGACAUAUUGAGGGAAGAGAAACACAAGUCAAAGCUCUGA